UCCAACCGUGCCCACCCGGUAUCAUCACCGGGCUGAUGGAGAGACGUAGAAGGGCACAUCACGCAGCCGACAAUAGGACUGACUGUACCAUGGAACUUAUCUACUGGUUGCACCCAGCAUGCAGGAAGUGUCACCUCAAUAGCAAAUGGCCGGCAUGGAGUUGAAAUAACCACUUCCUCUUUUCUUUACCAAUCACGGCUCUGGAUCGGACAUAACCAUGGGAAUAUGGCGUGGACUACGAGCAGCAUUCAUCCUGGGGUCUUUGUUUAUGAUCCUGCUAAUCAUCGUCUACUGGGACGACGUAGGGGGCUUCAACUUCUAUUCACUGCGAGAACCAAAACACGGGUCGCUUCACUCUGAUUCAUUUUCUGUGAUAACUACAGGCCCUUCGCUUUCUCCCUCCACCAGCACCACAGUCUCCAUCACCUCUGCCAGUAAAAAACUCAUCCCUGAGGAGUCAAGAGGGGCAGCUGGCGAAGAGGGGGGAGAGGAUGAACAUGAGCAGAGGAAGGAGGAAACCAGGGAGGAUGAGGCGAGGGAGAGAGAUCAUAUUUCUGCUGACUACAGAGAGCAGAAGGCGAGGAAGCAGAGAAUAAUGGAUGUGUGCUUAGGAAAGGAUGGUUUGGAGUUCCCUGGAAGGACUCGUGCAUUUGAACAAGUUCCAAACAGGGAACUGGAUCACCUGAUAGUGGAUGAUACACACCAGAUUAUCUACUGCUACGUUCCCAAGGUAGCGUGCACCAACUGGAAGAGAGUGAUGGUGGUUCUGUCUCAGUCUCUGAUCUCACCCUCCUCAGGACAACCUUACACUGACCCCGAGGCAGUACCUCCUGAUCUCGUGCACAACUCCUCUCUUCACCUCACCUUUGCCAAGUUUUGGCACCAUUAUGGUUCUCUGUCCCGCCACCUGAUGGCACUCAAGCUCCAACACUACACCAAGUUCUUGUUUGUACGUGACCCUUUUGUACGCCUCAUCUCUGCCUUCAGGAACAAGUUUGGAAGGCCCAAUGAGGACUUCUACAGACAGUUUGGUUCGGUCAUGCUCCGUCGUUAUGGUAAUGUGUCUGGGAGUUUGCCAGAGACAGCGGCUGAGGCAUUUGCAGCAGGAGUCACACCGACAUUUCAGCAGUUUAUCACAUACCUGCUGGAUCCAGAGACUGAGAGUGAGAAAAUGUUCAAUGAACACUGGCGACAGGUGUACCGCCUGUGCCAUCCGUGUCAGGUCAAGUAUGACUUCAUCGGACGACUAGAAAGCCUGGAAACUGACGCGGAGCAGCUGCUGAAACUUCUGAAGGUGGAUGAUAUGAUACACUUCCCUUCAGGGGCCCAAAACCGUACUGCAGCCAGCUGGGAAAGAGACUGGUUUGCACAGAUUCCCUUGACAAUGAGGAGAGAACUGUACAAGUUGUAUGAACCAGACUUUGAAAUGUUUGGUUAUCCCAAACCUGACAGUGUGCUCCAUUAGUAAUCCACACAGAACUGAAGACCUGGGUGCUGCAUUGUGUGUAGAGCCCACACAUCACCUACCCGCACACAGCCACAGUACGCCUUCAAAGACCAGUCGAUGAUGCUGUUUGUUUCCUUUGUUCUGCGCAUACCUCAAGUGACAGAAGUGCCUGCCAGUGUUAUUUAAUUUUUUGUCAUCAUUUCAUAUCAGAAGCACAUCCGCUUAGUCUGAUUUCCCAUGUAAUGGCACUUUACAUGAGAAUGUAAAUAGUAUUUUGGUAAGUAAUGAGGAAUAGAUUGGACUUAACUGUUAGGUGACAUUUCUGAAGAGAAAUAUGCUGCAGACAAAUAAAGCGUUUGACUUUCUUUUCUAAUUUUACUGUGUAUAUUAUGUACUGGUGGAAGAAGUAGCAAUACUAUGGAAUAAAAAGAGUUAAACCCCAUAGACUUGGAGAGACCUGAAGAUGGCAGUACAUAGAUGCUUACCAUUCAUUUUGAUGAAGGCUGAGAGGAUCUGUCAGAAAGAAUGGGAUAAACUGCACAAAGCCAGGACUGCAAAGCUGACCCACAAAAGGGGUUGUCAGCAAAAAAAAAGUUUGGGAACCACUGCAUUACUCUAUCUGUUUCUGAAC